AGCGGUCCUGCAGCGGUACCAGCCUCCAGCCUGUCGCCGGGACUGCCCCUGACCCAGGCGCACCCGCUGCUUGGUGGCAGAAGGGCCGGCGGAGCGCUAUGGCCUGCAUCCUGAAGAGAAAGUCUAUGAUCGCAGUGAGCUUCAUAGCAGCGUUCCUCUUCCUGCUGGUUGUGCGCCUUGUAAAUGAAGUGAAUUUCCCACUGCUGCUAAACUGCUUUGGACAGCCUGGCACAAAAUGGAUACCAUUCUCCUACACAUAUAGGCGGCCCCUUCGAACUCACUAUGGAUACAUAAAUGUGAGGACACAAGAGCCUUUGCAACUGGACUGUGACCUUUGCGCCAUAGUGUCAAACUCAGGUCAGAUGGUUGGCCAGAAGGUGGGGAAUGAGAUAGAUCAGUCAUCCUGCAUUUGGAGAAUGAACAAUGCCCCCACCAAGGGCUAUGAAGAAGAUGUUGGCCGCAUGACAAUGAUUCGAGUCGUGUCCCAUACCAGCGUUCCUCUUUUGCUAAAAAACCCUGAUUAUUUUUUCAAGGAAGCAAAUGCUACUAUUUAUGUCAUUUGGGGCCCUUUCCGCAAUAUGAGGAAAGACGGCAAUGGCAUUGUUUACAACAUGCUGAAAAAGACUGUUGACGUCUACCCAAAUGCCCAAAUUUACGUGACCACAGAGAAGCGCAUGAGUUACUGUGAUGGCGUUUUUAAGAAGGAAACUGGGAAAGACAGAGUCCAGUCUGGCUCUUAUCUCAGCACAGGGUGGUUUACCUUCAUUCUGGCCAUGGAUGCCUGUUAUGGCAUUCACGUCUACGGGAUGAUAAAUGACACCUACUGCAAGACAGAAGGAUAUAGAAAAGUCCCCUAUCAUUACUAUGAACAAGGAAGAGAUGAGUGUGAUGAAUAUUUUCUUCAUGAACAUGCUCCAUAUGGGGGGCAUAGGUUUAUCACUGAAAAGAAAGUGUUUGCUAAAUGGGCCAAGAAACACAGGAUAAUAUUCACACACCCAAACUGGACAGUGUCUUGAUGUUAGUUUUUUCUGAUCUUGCCACAACACUUGACAUGAUCAUAAUACCACAACUGUGAUGCUCAUGAUGCUGAUGAUGGUGACGAUAAAGACAGCAACAAUGACCAAGUUUCUGUACAUUCUCCAAAAUGGAUGGUGACUCUGCCAGUAAUUUGAACUUGGGAUUUCAUGGAGGGUGGAUGUGCUCUUUACACUCUUUCUGAAGGUUCAACGUUACAUACUGCACUUUAUAAUUUAACUGGAAUUGCAAUGAAGGCCAGUAACAUGACAGCAGUGACCUAAGAAAUGGGAAGAUUAUCCUUCAAGAAAGCUGCCCAGAAUUCUUGAACAGUGAGUAACUUUCAGAAGCCAUGGGAUUUGGCCUCGUGAGGCAAAGUUAUUGACUCUCUGGUCUCUUGAACUUGAGCAGCUCCACCAUCUUGAAGAAUGGUUGAUUGUCAAACACUGACCCAAGAAACGCUAUCUGGGUACAAGUAUCGUACCGCAGUGACUAGUUAACCCAGAGGCAGGGAUGGAAUCUCUUCCUGACAGACCAUGGUCCUACAGUACCUCCUAUAGCUAAAGCCUCAGGCCAUUGCCUAAUUAACAAUGAAGAUAUCACGGACAUCCCACCCAUCAGGAUUCUUCAACAAUUCAAACACUUAAUUCAAAAUGGGCCAACUAGCAAAUCUUAAGGAAUUUUCACUCUCACCACUCCAUUCUCACUACCCCAAACAAUAUAACUUAACAUGUCACUAGAGUGAUCUUUAUUACUGCUUAGUUAUUUUUGGUCGAGUCCUAAAUAUUUCAGAAAGCUAUUUAAUAUGUAAGAUACCAACACUGUAAUAACAUAUACUGUGAAAGCGUUCUUAAAACAUAACCAAAAGGGUUUGCUAACUGUGCUUCGACAGCCAACAACACAAAAAUAUAUGCUUUUUAAACAUGAAACAAGGAAAGCAAAGCAUAUUUUUACAUCAAUUUGUAUCCUACCAUACUUCAUAAUAUAUAUUUGUAUAUUCAGAUUUCUACUUUAUAGGCUCAGCUGCAUCUCUCCAUACAGUACAUUAUCGUUGCCCAGUGCCAACCGCUAGACAUGGAGAGGAAAUGAUUCCUUGUAUUCAAUCUGACCAGAGCUUUUGCCUUCUUGGGGUUCAUUUUCCCCACAGUGUAUCAGUUGUUAUACCAGAAUAACAACACUAAUAAUGACCUUAAUGUCCAAAGUGCUUUGUCAUUUAAAGUCCUUAUAUAUAUGCUGUCCUAUGUGAUGCCUGUGACCACCCCACUGGGCUAUUGCCUGCACAUUUUCACAUCUCCUUAGCAGACGAUCUGCAAUUUGUUCUUUGCUUUGAUAUAUUCCAGAUCUUUCCCUCUGCUAAUAUUUGUAUAGAAUAUUGUAUAGAAUUUGUAUAGAAUACAUUUAUGUAGACUAGUAACCAAUUGAUUUCAGUGCCAAAUACAAUAUAUUAUAUCAGGAUUUUGCAAAAAGUAUCACAAGGAUUGUCCUGGCCAUAGACUAGGACUCCUGUGAAUGUAGGUACUUUUGAAUUUUUUUUUAAUGACUUUUUAGGUAGAGAAAAAUGAGGAAGCAGGGACACCAGGAGGGAAUGAACGCAGAGAAAUAGUUUUCUGUCCCAUCUUGAGAUGACAUUGUUCUCCAUACACUCAUUGCUCAUUAAAUAUGAGAGGGUUGAUUUGCUGACAGAGUAGCCAAGAGACAAAAAUAUCCUUGCAAAUGAUACAAUUGACAGAAUGGUUUGAAGGAUGAAAGUGAUGACGCAUUUCACGUCAGCAGCCCUUUGCAGGUCUUUACCAGUGCUGGAUCCCAUGAUAAGUUCUCAUUAAGUGGGGCCAUCCUGGGCAAAAUCCUCUUUGCUGCUCUCUGCUUGCCAUUUGGUUAACACCAGUACUCAGAGCCAAGAAAAUGGCCAAACGCCAUUUCCUUCAACACUCCUGUUUUUUCCUCGUGUGCUUUUCAGUUCUAGGUAUGUCAGGUUUUGUUGAGCGGACGAUGGAUGGAAAUGCCCACUCAAAGAAAAAUAAACAGUUGCAAAUGUUAAAAUUGUAAUACAGAUGGUUUUCCCCCUGUUUUGACACCGAAGUUCCACUUUUAAAUAAAAAGGAACAUUUGAUUAUCACAAUGCUUCAGGGAAUGCCAUAAUUUAUUUCAUUUUCUGGUAAAUGGAGGGUUAAAUCGAUUUGUUUUAGUCCUUACUAAUAAGACACUUUGCCCCCUUCCUGGCUCCCCUGCCUCUCCAGGAAAGAGACUUUGCCACGCCCACAGGUACCCUGCUGUGGGAGGUGUGUGUAGAAAAGUCAGCGUUUCCUCUGGAAGGGUGAAGGGGGGCCUCCCCUCUCCUCUCUUCCUUGCUCUCCCUUCCCCCCUUUUUUCCUUAACUGAACCCCAACCCCACUUUCUAUUGUUGUCUCUUGCCUCCUUUUUUCUAAAAGUGGGAAACAAAAAAACCAGUAUUCUCAAUUUGGAAACCUAAUUGGAUGAUUUCCAGUGUAAUCAGCAUUUUGAGAGAAUCACGUAACUUAUUUUUCUCUGUAGUCUUAAUGUUCCCUGCUUCCAUUUCCUGUUCCUCUUUACCCUCAGCUUCCCAAUUCUAGUGGAAAUACAAAGUGUAAUUUCUCCCAUAUUGAGAAAUUUGUCAUCUAAGAUUUACGGAUAGAGAAGAGAAUGACAAAGGAGAAAUUCAAACUUGUCACACAAGUUUCUGGCCAAUUUCACUGGUUCUAGCCAACUGAAAGAUUUCACCCAGCAGCUAAACAUUGAAGAAUUCAACCAAACUCACUCAUCACUGAUGUAUAUCUAUUCCAGAAGUUAAUUAACAUCUGUAAAAAACAAACAUAUUCCAAUUCCAUCCAAGGCUUUAGGCAAAUGGACUAUUGAAAAUGGCCACAAUUUGCUGAAAUCAGCGUUAAAAACAUGCAUGCUAGAAAUAAUAGAGUAAAUAUUAUUUUUAAUUCUGCAGAAUUUUAGAAAAAAAGCAAGGAAAUUUAAAAACAGUUUUAAAAUGAAUGUUUGAGUCUUUUCUAAGUUAGCCUCGUGACUAAGUAGUAAUGAUUUAUAUUGUUAUGAUGGUAAUGUGAAUUAGAAAACUUCUAGACUAUAUCUUACCUUGCUAUGAAACCUAUCAAAGAAAAACCAGUUUGGAAGGAUGUUUGUAUAUAUGCACAUAGAGUCACUGUGUGUGUGUGUGUGUGUGUGUGUGUUUAAAAUCAUACCUGUAAUCCUCUAUUUUUCAGUGGUAUGUAUGAAUCACAGAAAACCUAUUUUAGACUUCAAUGAAAUUUGUUGGUUUACAUUUUGAAUCCUGAUGAAAAAAUAAGGCAAAAAUCCAAAUUAAACAUACCGAUUGUAAAGAGUACAUCAGAUAAUAUUCAAUGGCUGGCCCAUAGAAUAAAGCUGGAGAAGCUGCUCUAUCUAGAACUGAGAACACAGAUGCCACAGUUGUCACAGAUCAGACCUCUAAGGAUAGCAAUCUCUGUUGUAGGCUCUGAUGAUCGCAGUUCACCUAGUCACACUGGAAAACACUACAUCAAGCUGCAUUCACACUGAAGUGAAUGAACAUUGGUCCCCUUAUUCCAGGCUUAUUCCAAAUAAGCCUGCCUUUGACAUAAGCAAUACUCAGAUUUGCAUGGUUUUUAUUAUAUGGUUAGAGAACUGUGACUAUUCUGAAAAGAGGAAAGUGUAUAAGGAGAUUACACUUUGAGGAUUUGAAAUGAACCAGCCGUUGUGGGAGCAAGAGUCUGAAUUGGGGACUUUGCUGACCUUUCCAGAAGUAUAAAGCCAUCAGAAGAGAAUCACUUGUUACUUCCUUAGGAAAAAACACUGAAUACUUCACAUGGUUGUGUUACUUGGAUGCUAAUUGUAAGCUCAGUUUUCAUUUUAAUAAGGAAGAUAAUAUAAUCAGAAGGUUUACUUUUUUUUUUUAACAACAUACCCAUCUAGCAUUUAAUGUGGCAUUUCGAAUGCAUAGAACAAACUAUAUUGCCCCACGUCAGGCGAUUACAUACCUUAGCAGAACAAAUGAUUUACAGUCCCAGAGCCAUGAGGGGGAAAAAUGCUUUUCCCUCAACUGCAUUUUUAAAAUGCAAGACCUCAUCAUUUUAACAGUAUUCAUAGAUCCAGUGACUCUUCAGUGCUAACCUUUGUAAGUAUUCUAGACUUUUAGAGCUGCAACGGGUUUAGAGACCAGUCAAUUCAACCCCUCCUUCUUGGAGUUGAAGAAAUAGACCUAUAGAAGUGAAGUGAUUGCCCAUGGCUAUAACACAGACUAAUGGCAGUCCUGAGCCUCAAAUUCUUAUCUCAUAUCUCCUUCUCUAGUACUGUUUCCAUAACUUUUUUUAAAGCACAGAAUGGUAGCUGAAAAAAUGCAUAAAUGACUUAAUGAAAGUCUAUCCCUGGAAUCCAAGGGAUAGAUUAGUAGUGUUGAUUCUACUCAUGAUCAGAGAAAUCCCCACACUGAAUACAGAAACAGUCACCUAAUUGAAGGAACAUAUCCCGGUAAUUGUCCAUAUUCUCUGUUAUCUAUGUUUAUUGCUAAGACUGCAUAACCUUCUGUUAUCAUGAAAUUGUAGGACUAAUUUAAGGAAUGUAAAAGUGAGUAUCUUACUUCCUUGUUGUUAAGGAUGAUCAAGCUACCGAUACUCCUCUAAGAGCUGUUGAGUAUGGAAGGUGCUUGGUGUAACUGACAUGUCCUAUUGUCCAAUUAUCUCCAGAAACCAAGUGUCCUAAUUCUCAAACCAAUGCGGCUGCUCAUUAGUGAAAUAAUCUAUCUGCACUGGCCGGUAAAAUUCUACCCUUUGUUUCCACACCUGUCUCUGUACCACACGUGAUCUUCGAGGGCAGAUACCCUUCUGGAAGGUAAGUCACUGCCCCAAGUGCUCCGCCGGACUUAAUCAUCAUGCAAGAUUGAAAGAGUUUUUUUUCUUUUUUUUUUUUUAAGAUUUUAUUUAUUCAUUCGAUAGAGGGAGAGAGACAGUGAGAGGGGGAACAUAAGCAGGGGCAGAGGCCG